AUGGCCCAAUACUUUACAGUGGGUCCAACGUACAGUGUCUCUUGUGGACGCCCUUACAGACCCCCAAAACAACACCAUAAUAAUCAUAUCAACCGCGUGAUCGGGGGAGAGGAGGCUCUAAUGGGAACAUUACCAUGGAUGGUAAUGCUGACAGAGAAUGGAGCUCAAGUUUGUGGUGGAUCGAUCAUUUCAGACAAACUUGUUCUGACGGCAGCCCAUUGCUUCGAAGACCAAGGGAGUUUGGAUCCUAGGCGAUGGCGUGCUAUUGUUGGAAAGCACCACCUUUUCUACACAGACUUAACUCAGCAGACUCACACUAUAAAUCGCAUCAUUAUGCAUGAAGGGUAUGACAAUCAGACAGUAAGGAACGACAUUGCCAUACUCGUGUUAGACAAUCACGUGAUGUUCAAUAGUUACGUCAUGCCAGUAUGUCUGCCCGGUGCUCCCUUGAGUAGCUUCAUCUCUCAUCACUCUCAUUCACAUCCUGGCAUUGUUGGCAUUGUUGCAGGCUGGGGAGACACAGGCGAAUCCAAUCCAAAGUAUGUUCUAAACCAAGUUUCCAUACCCAUUCUGAACGAUCGUGUUUGCGGUGCCCACACUUGGUAUGGGAGUGCCUUCCUACCCCAGACUACAUUUUGUGCUGGGUUUGAACAAGGAGGCAGAGAUGCAUGUAUUGGCGACAGUGGGGGUCCGUUCAUUAUACAGGAUCAUAGUGGAUACUGGGUACAAGUUGGUAUCACAAGUUGGGGUUAUGGCUGUGGACAUCCGCGUUCUCCUGGGAUAUACACAGACGUCACCAUGUAUCUGACCUGGAUCAAACAGAAGGCAGAGAUGUACAAGACGUAUUUUUCGUAUUUUGGAACUUAGUAUCAAAUCUUUCCACUCUUUACUGCUAAUUCAAACAUAAUGUCCGAAUCCGCUUCUCUUGGAUUGUUCCCCUUUGAA